GGAAGGGGAAGGGUGGCUGGGGGGUGGGUGGGGGGGGGUUGGCGGAGGGAGGGAGCAAUUGAAUUUCAAACACAAACAAGCGCAUGGGGCUCGGGCCCUCCGCCGCCGCGCCGCGCCGCCGCUGACCCCCCGCCCGGGGGGCAGAGCCGCCGCCGCCUCCGCGCCUCCCCUUUCGGAUUUGGGAGGGUGGUUUUGUUUUUUUUUUUUUUGUUGUUGUUGUCGGGUUUUUUUUGUUGUUUUUAUUUUCGGCUAAUCCCUGCCUCGCCGGGUUUUGCCUCCCAAACUUCACCCGUAACCCCCCUCCUCCCCUCCCCCCACCCCCCCCCCCUCCCCCCCCCCCCCGCCCGCUCCCCCGGUCCCGGGAGGAGCCGCCAGCCAAGAUGUCCCGGUCCAACCGGCAGAAGGAAUACAAAUGCGGGGACCUGGUUUUCGCCAAGAUGAAGGGCUACCCGCACUGGCCUGCCCGGCCAAGUCCUUGCUGCCGGCCCUGUCCUGCAGCGGGGAAACUGAGGCAGGGCAGGCUGCACCCAGCCGUGCUCCGUGGAGCCGUGGCAAAGAUCGAUGAGAUGCCAGAAGCUGCAGUCAAAUCCUCCUCCAAUAAAUACCAAGUCUUCUUCUUCGGGACCCACGAAACGGCAUUCCUGGGGCCCAAAGACCUCUUCCCCUACGAGGAGUGCAAGGAGAAGUUUGGAAAACCCAACAAGCGGAAAGGGUUCAGCGAAGGUUUGUGGGAGAUCGAGAACAACCCCACGGUCAAAGCCUCCGGUUACCAGCCCACCCAGAAGAAGAGCUGCCCCGAGGCGGCCGAGCGGGAGCCGGAGGGGGACGGGGAGAAGAAGGGCAAUGCCGAGGGCAGCAGCGACGAGGAGGGGAAGCUGGUGAUCGACGAGCAGUCCAAGGAGAAGAACGAGAAGGGAGCCAGCAAGAGGAAAGCUGAGGAUGCUCUGGAGGACUCCCCCAAACGCCCCAAGGAUGCAGAGGGGCAGGAAGGGGACAAGAAGGUGGCCAACGAAGAGGCCCCCAAGGAGGAGCCCAGAGCCAACCCAGGAGAAGGGGACAAGAACAGCGACGCCGCCGACACACCGGCCAGCAACGAGGCCAAGCAGGAGGGCAAGGAGGAGCUCAGAGACCACAAGGAGAGCCUGUAGUGGCUUCCCUGGCGAGCUGAUCCUCCCCCCCGGGUGCUGCCCCACGCCGGCUCGUCGCGUCCGGAGCUCCGGAUGAGAGAAACCACCCCGACCAGGAAAUUUCCAAAAGAAAACAACAAAAAAAAAACCUACAGAAAAAAAAAAAAGAAAAAAAAAAAAAGAGAGGAAUGCAGAGCAGCCCGGUACUGCCCCCGAGCGCUCCGUGCCUGCCCUGCCCUGGGCACGCUUGGUCUUGGCGAUUCCUCGGGGCUGAGCUGUUGAUUUGAAAUAAAAGCGAAUCUUGCCUUUUUAAAA